AAUGAGUACGUACAAGUGUACAACAAAAACCUAUCCCACUUAAUUUAAAUCUAACUAUAGUACUACUACUCCUCCUCCUACCCCUUUCCUAAACCACACAUUAAAAACUCUUUCACUCCAGAUACAUAUGGAUCAUGGUAUGAAUGGGCAUGGCAUGGGGGGCAUGACGAUGGCACCACCCCCAUCAUCAAAUUCAUCAUCGAUGAUGGGCAUGGGUCAUAAGAAGAUGAUGAUGCACAUGACAUUCUACUGGGGGAAGAACGCAGAGAUCCUAUUCCAUGGGUGGCCUGGGACCCACACAUUCAUGUAUAUAAUCUCUCUCGUCCUUGUUUUUCUAACGGCUUUUUGCAUUGAAGCGCUAUCGCGUUCUCGCUUGGUUAAGGAAGGACGGAACGCUGUCGUUUCGGGUUUAUUGCUUACCGUAUUACACACCUUACGUAUGGGGCUUGCUUAUCUUGUUAUGCUUGCUGUUAUGUCCUUCAAUGGCGGUGUUUUUAUCGCUGCCGUUGCGGGUCAUGCUCUCGGGUUUAUGGUAUUUGCUACUCGGAUUUUCCGGAAAGGUACGGAGGAUUCGGAUCCUCCUGCGUACCGGAAAACUUCGGAUCUUCCCCCCAUGAGUUGUUGAUCAAUGACUUUAAUUAUUUUGUUUAGUAAGGAAUUCUAGUGGUUUUUCUUUUUUUAAAUAAUGUACGGAGUAAUGUAGUUGUAGAUUUUUUGUGUGUGUCAUAUUGUGAAAGAAAUCAAGGAUGUGAUACAUGCUACACAGUGAGAAAGGUUAAACAACAUUAAUUUAGUUCCAAAAAUGAAAGAGUAUAUGAAUUAUAAUUAUGGGUUUUGAUUUA